AUGACCAUGGCAGCCAUUGGGGUGCUCUGCUUUCUCGUUUUCUCUGCUGGGAUUCAUGUGGUCUCCUCUGUGACGGACCCUGGGGAUUUGGCGGUACUCCGAUCUUUGAAGGAUCAGUGGCAGAACACACCACCAAGCUGGGGAAAGACAGAUGAUGCUUGUGGAACACCCUGGGAAGGAGUCACCUGCGAAAACUCAAGGGUCACUGGACUGGUGUUAUCAACAAUGGGACUCGUCGGUGAGCUAACCGGUGAUAUUGGAGAUCUCACUGAAUUGAAAUCCUUGGACCUAUCAUUUAACCGAGGCCUCACAGGUACCCUCACUCCACGGUUAGGAGAUUUGAAAAGCCUAAACAUCUUAAUCUUAUCUGGCUGUGAAUUCAGUGGUAACAUACCAAAUGAACUGGGAAAUCUUGCAGAGCUAUCUUUUUUAGCUCUGAACACGAACUACUUCACUGGUGGAAUACCUCCUUCUUUGGGCAAUCUUUCGAAACUCUACUGGCUGGACUUGGCAGAUAAUCAGCUGACAGGAUCUCUCCCUGUUUCAGCAGCGACUACCCCAGGCUUGGACCUCCUUAAGAAGGCAAAACACUUGUGA